CUACGGAUCUGUGUAAAGCAGUUAAGAAUCAAAAUGGUACGCGCCUGGUUUAUGGACAACGAACCGACCGAUCAGCGUUUGGAGCAUCAGCUCGAUCCGCCCAAGUUUGUAACGCUGGACGAGCUCUUCAAAACUACCGGAGUGGAGUAUUUUAAGAUUAACGUGCCAACAUACGAUACGGAUGGUGUGCUGGCGAAGAUCCGCAAGGAUCGUGGCUAUUCGUACGAGGACGAAAUUACCUGUUCCGAGGCCUGUUUGCCUGAUUACGCGAACAAAUUGAAAUCGUUUUUCACUGAACAUUUGCACACGGACGAGGAGAUCCGGCUGGUUAUGGAUGGGUCGGGAUAUUUCGAUGUCCGCAAUGGACCGGAUGAUGCAUGGAUAAGGAUUGAAGUCGUGGCAGGUGAUUUGAUCAUCAUUCCCAGUGGUAUUUAUCACCGGUUCACACUGGACGCAAAGAAUUACAUCAAAGCGAAACGAUACUUUGUCGGGGAACCGGUUUGGCUUCCGUACAAUCGUCCCGCAGACGAUAUGGACUGUCGCAAGGACUAUUUGAAACGAUUGGAGGUCGGUUUUGCGGCAUAAACUCCUGUGCUUGUGG